AUGAGUGUUCAUGAAUAUGGAUUGAAGUUCACCCAACUAUCUCGCUAUGCUCCGGAGAUGGUGAAAUACAUUAGCAGAAGAAUGAGUCUGUUUGUUGCAGGGUUGGGUCGCGCUUCAAGUAAGAAAGGUAGGGAUAUCCUGUUGAUAGGAGACACGAACAUAUCCAGGCUAAUGGUAUACGUUCAACAAGUUGAAGAAAAGAAGGUGAAGGAUAUGGAAGAGUACCGAAAUAAGAAGUGGCCAAAAAUUCACAGCACCUCCAAGGCUAGGCCGGCUCAGUCUCAAGGUAAUGUGGCUCUAGGAAGUACUAAGCCUCCUGCCUACGCCAAGUGUGGUAGGAAUAACUCCGGCCUCUGUCGUGAAGGCUUCACGGGUUGUUUCAAGUGUGGUCAAGAAGGUCACUUCAUGAGAGAGUGCCCCAAGGACAAUCAAGGUGGCGGAAAUCCGGGCAAUAGAGCUCAAUCUUCAUCAGCUGCUCCAACAAAUAGGGAUGCACCUAGGGGAGCUGCUUCUGGCAUUGGCGGAGGAACAAACAGAUUGUAUGCUCUUAAUAAUCGCUAG